AUGGAUGAGGGCUCCGACAAGGCGCCUCGGCGGAAGAGGGUGUCGAGGGCCUGUGACCGGUGUCGCAGUAAGAAGGAUAAAUGCGAUGGUAUUCGUCCCACCUGCUCCGCAUGUCAGGCAUCCGGUCAACCUUGCUCAUACGAUCCCCAUGCGAAGAAGCGCGGCCUGCCAGAGGGCUACGUGCGCGGGCUGGAGAAAUUAUGGGCGCUCUCUAUGUGUAAUAUUGAUGGGUUCGAAGACACCAUGCUGGCCAUGCUGGGAACCACCGCAGAGUCGGUAGGUCGCCGUGAAAAAUUAAUGUCGGUGUGGUCGGAUGACAGCUCAUCAGAGAGUCUGCAUGAGACCUGGAAAACAAGCCGUCUGUACAGCGCACUGGAGAAAAUGCUAUCGAAUUCGGAAGCCCCUCUCACCACAGGCAAACGAUCGCGCAACCCGCAUGACGAUCACUCAGAGGGUUCGAAUGGCCAAUGGGGAUACCGCGUGGCUAGGGAUUCGACACCCCUGGGCCCUGAAGCGCCUCGGAUUGUUGGACCAGCGAUUGGCUCGCCGAAUGCGAAACGAGCCCGGAUGUCGCAGACAACGAACGGCCGGGACGUGUCGCAGUCAGGUGGUGGAUCCCAUAGUCUACAGUUACCCCCGCAGACAUCACAACUCCUCGAUAUCUACUUCGCCACAACUCACUCGUGGUUCCCUAUCGUCGCCAAACACAACAUUCUUCGCGCGUCCUACCUCUAUGCCAAUGCCCCCUUCUCCGUUGCGACGACUUCUCCAGGAUCUGGGGACCAUGCUGCCUUGUGGGCAAUCCUCAGUUAUACCAUUACCCAAUCUCCAUCCACUACCCGCGUGAAUCCCACGGGGGCCGUCUCUUUAGCGAAAGAGUACUAUACCGUAUCUCGAAACCUCAUCCCAUCGGAAAAGGAACGCUACGAACUUGGCCAUAUUCAAGCAUUGUUGCUACUAAGUUUGGUCAACACUGGUCUUGAAGAUUGGACAGCUGCAUGGCUGCUGAGCGGUCAAGCAGUGCGCAUGGCCAUUGCCAUGGGCUUGGGUGCCUUUGCGGACACGCGCCGCUCUGAUGACCUGCGACAAGGCAAAGCAGUUUUCUUGGGCUGCUUUGUGAUUGAUUCCUUACUAUCAUUCCGACUUUCUCGCUGCCCAGCCAUGUCCUCGAAUGAUCUAGCGAACGUUGGCUUGUUAGAAGAGGAUGGACUGGAGGAGUGGAACUCAUGGGUGGAUGUUCUUCCCCCGACGGGAGUUCCACACGGUAAAAACCCUCCGCGAAGAGGGCCAUUGUUGUCUCUCAGCUGCUUUAAUCGCUUGGUUGAAUUGGCGAGUGUGCUCAACAAGACAUCCCGAAACUUGUCCAUGGGAUACAAGGCGCCCAACUUUGCCCAGCAGCUGGUGAUAGACCUGAAGCAGUGGGACGAUAGUUUGCCGCUGGGCUGUCGACUGAUCGGACCGGAAAGCAUUUACCCCGAGCGACAUUCGGCGUUGCUACCACAUCAAAGCUACUUGGGCUUGACCUAUGUCGCCACGCUGCUUUGGCUGUACCUGCGUCUUAUUCCUGGAGAGCAAGGGCUUCAUCGGUCUCAGCGGCCGGCGACAGAAGGCGCAAAGAAGCUCCUCUAUCGGGGACUGUCGAUGAUCUCCCAGCACCUGGAAAACUUCCCCAUGUGUGGGCUCCCACCUAUUUUUGAAUUCGGAUUGCGUACCAUCUCCGAGCAAGCGCUUUCGCUGCGGCAAACCGUGGAUCCGUCAGAUACUUUCCCUUUCUCUCGGUGGGCCGAGGAGUUCCGUCAGAAGACAACGGUCCUAGCCCCAAGUUGGCCGGUAUAUGGGUCGUUGGUAUCUUCGAUGGAUCGCUGGCAAAAGCCCAACAACCACUCUGUAGCAGCGCAAACAUACCCUGGGAAUGCGGGUUCUUUGCUACCGGGAGCCACCUCCAUGCGCGGGGCCAUGCAGCUUCCAGGCGUUGCCCCCGGCAUCCCUCCGCCUGAUCAAGGGGGCUAUGCAUCAUCCAUCCUGGGCAUUAGCAUCCCCGCCGAUGGUCAAUCGCUGACGCCCAAGGAUACGGUUAUGGAGAAUACCGAGAUGGCUAUGAUGGAUCCAUCUGUACAGCAGCCGAUCAUCCCCACGGACAAGGUCACGCCGCGCAGUGGACCAGACCAGCUGUUUGCACCUGGCAGUUCUCAUGCACAACCUCAUACCCCGGACUCCUCCAUUUCCAACCCCAUGCUAGCUGCCAACGCUCCCACCAGUGAACGAUCCGUCUCGACGAAUGACCACAUGCAUUUCAAUCCCGCUGGCACGGGUGAUCUCGACGCGAUCUUCAAGGAUUUGGCAUACCUGGACACCACCGAGUGGUCCAACAAUCGCGAGGCAGGCCUCAAGGACUUUGGCUUCCUGGAUGAUAGUACCUUCCAAGCGUUCUGCCACGAUCCCGACCGUCUGGUGGGAUCUCAGCCAUUAGUACACCCGCCAUCGAUCGCGGAUAUCUGGCCACCUCCUGGGUUCUUCCCCGAAACCUUCCAAGAGGUCCCCGAGAAAACGAUGAAUGGGUGA